AUGGGCUCUGCCACAAGUACGAAGGCGGCUGGACUCUACAUCCCUCUGCACGACCAGCCUAGAGAGGUCUCGAUUCCUCGACGCAGAUGGCUGGAUAAGACCGUGACUAUCCGUGGUGCCCUCCAAUUCUUCCUGAUGGUUCAGGUCCUGCUCUGGAUCACCGAGCAGCUGAUCGUCAGUUACUGGUACCCAGGCUAUGCUUGGUAUAAAGAAUCCGAGAUUGGCUGCUACUACCAGGAGCAGGGAUUGACUCUCAUUUCCUCACUGCUUGCAGGCCUGGGACUUUACUUGUGGAUGACCUGCCCCCGCUCACCUCGAUUCACCGUGUGCGAAGCAUGUAAGACAUUCGUCUGUGCAUCGUGCUUCAUCUGGGCCUUUAUCAAAGCCGCUCUAUGGGUUGAUGAGCUUCUGUGA